CAAUGCUUCAGGUGCUAACUCACCUCCUUCUGUCACCGCCGCGCCUAGAACCACUACCGCUGCUGCCGCUGCCGCCGCCGCCGCCGCCUCCACCUCCAUUUCGCCAAUGGACGCGAGCUCGUAAGUGUUGCUCGAGCCUGAUGAACAGGACGCGUCGCCCGAGCCCGUCACCGAACCUGGAUGCUUCGCUUGAGACAUUUCUUGAAGAAUUAUGAGUUUAAAUUAAUACAAUCAACUUUUUGAUGAAUUAUUAACCUGCUGAAACUUGAAAUAGUAUUGUGUACUCUUUAUAGAACUGAAUACACUUUGAUGGACGCAUGACCCAUUUGAUUGGUUGGCAUGAUGCCUUCAAGAUAAUUGCAGAAUAACAAAUCAUCAGGCACAUAUAGGUAUCUUUGUUGUUAUAGGAUCUCCAAUUAAAAUGUGUUGUUUUCCACGGGGUUUUUUUUUUGUGCAGUAAGUCGGUCUAAAAAUGAUCUCGAUCAAGCUGAGUAUGACAAGUUGGUCUUCACUUUCUUCCAUGGUAGUCAUGCUUGUUGGAAGGUGGUGGGCUCUCAAAUAGCUUUCUAGGAAGAGAAGAGAAGUUGUUGUAUAAAGACUUGUAUUAUAAAAAAAUGACUUGUCUUGCAAUUUUACAUUACAUGACUAUUUAUACUACUCAAUAGAAACUCCUAGGCCAUACUUCAUUAAUUAGAUACAUGAAUUUAUUCUAUCUAGAUACAUGAAUUACAAGAUUCAUAUUUCACUUGAUUCAUGUACAUCAAACAUUUAUUAUGGUUCAUGUAUUCAAGUUUAAUUCAACUUCUAUCAAUGCUUACAUAACGUACUACUGUGGCUACUUUUGGUUGUGCCAGACGAUGUCAAUGAUGAAGUGUUCAUUGCUAUGUCAAAAGCACUCAACUUUAUUAACCCUGCUGAGCUCUCCAUGCAAUGUAUUUUAAUUGCCUUGAACCGUUUUCUUCAGGAAAAGCAUGGCUCGAAGAUGGCCUUCUUAGAUGGUAACCCUCCAGAAAGAUUAUGCAUGCUAAUUGUUGAACAUGGUGGCAAAAGGAGAAUAUGCUCGCCCUCAGCGUCCCCGCCAACCCGUCCUAGGGCCAACACGAAGGAGCUUCUUUUCCCUAAAGAGUGGACGGAGAUAUCCUGCAUCAAGAAGCUAGAAAAGUUGGUGGGAGUCCCAGUCAUCAAUGUCCACAUAUGAAAACUGAAGAACACCCUAUGACCAUCUUUUGUUCAGCAGGUGCUGCUCAUAAAAAUUGCUUGUUCAAAAGUUCACAAAUUAUGUUUUUUUUCAAUGUUAUUUGUAUUUGUUUUCAUGUGUGCAAAUGUCCCGGAAGUUAAAGAUUAUAAUGUGUCUUGCAUUUUGUUUUUUUACUUUUGGGGAUGUUAUGUGAUAUCACACACUCACACCUGCUUCUUCAAGUACAAUAACUAAGCUUCAUUUUUGGGUGUCAUUUAUAUGGUUGUAAUAAAUCAUCUAGGAAAGCCUAAAUAUAUCCACAUGUAAGGCUUCACAUUCCUAUCUUCAUUUGCGUGUUUUUUGCCUGAUUGUGUUAUUCAUCUAAAAGGAAAGCAGCCAACGAGCCUAGCUUAAAUCCAUUUAUGU